AUGGCUAGCACCACUGAACAUCCAACAGCACCGACCACUGCUGGUGAACGACAAUCGAACACACACUCUCCGAACCACUCCCCGACGAAAGCCGAACGCUUUGCUCAGCUCAAGCUUGAACGGAGGGCUCGCGAGAAAGAACAAAAAGUCGCUAAACGAAAGGAGCGUGAAGAGCGCUUGGCGGCAGGAGAAGAACCCGGACCCUCUGAUGCGAAGAAACGGAAGGUAUCAAGGGAGGGCCAAGGUCCUGUGCGACCAUUCAAUGCCCGGAUCGUCAUUGAUCUUGGCUUUGAUGAAAAGAUGAGUGAAAAGGAAGUAGGCAGCCUAUGUAGCCAGCUGGCAUAUACGUAUGCGACCCACCGACGCACUAGGACUCCAUUCACCAAUCUCUUAUUUACUAAGCUCAGUGGGCGAACAAGAGAGCAACUGGACGGCACAAACGAUGCAUCAUACCGUCGAUGGAGGUAUACCGAAUGGUGGGAAGAGGAUAUUGAUGGUUUAUGGAACCCACCAGCUACUGUAACUCAACCAACAACCGAUGAUCUACUACAAACAACGGACGAACCUACGGAAAUAUCGAGCGCUGCUCCAGAAGGAACCGAACCCAUAUCAAACCCCGAGUCAAAUGCAGGGGUAGAGACAAGCACAGAAGCUCCGGAACUAGCAACAGGUUCUGAAUCUCCUGCUGGUAUGACCGAACUGACCCCCUCGGCUCGUCUCAAACAACGACGUGCUUCUAAAGUGGACCCAACUCCCCAAAUCCGAUCCGCAUGUCCCCAAGAAUCAGUUGUGUACCUCACUGCAGAUGCAGAAGACGAGAUACUCGAGCUGAAAGAGGGAGAAACAUAUAUAAUAGGCGGGAUUGUCGAUCGAAAUAGGUAUAAGAAUUUAUGCGCCAACAAAGCCCGUGAUAUGGAGGUUCGGAGCGCAAGAUUACCUAUAGGAAGGUACCUGAAGGAUAUGCCCACUCGAAAAGUCUUGACCGUAAAUCAGGUUUUCGACAUUCUUGUGCACUGGGUUACGACUCGUAAUUGGGAAGAUGCAAUGCAAAAAGUCAUGCCUAAGCGAAAGUUUAAUGCCAACGGGAAAAAGGGCAAACGCUCACAGGCACGAGCAGGCGACGAGGACGGCGAAGAUAUUCGUGAUGACGAAGACGAGGACCAAGGCAAAUCUGAACAUACAGAGUCUGAUGAGCGCCAGGUUGAAGACCUUACCAAGCUAGAUAACCAGGUCCAGUCCACUGAUUUAUAUUGA